AUGAUACGACCACUGUUUUAUCUUCUGGCGUUGCUGCUGACUGCUAUCUGUGCUUCUCUGGCGGCUGGAGAACAGGAGUCUGAUAUGGCUGUUGUUCACCUCACUGGUCCUCGUCCUCCUAUUCCUAUUUCUCAACCGUUACCGGCUAUUUCUCCUAUUUCUCAUCCUGGUGUUCCUCCUGAAGUGGAUAAGAUUGGUGCUCCGGAGGUUACUGGGAUCAGUGGUUCCCUUGGUGAAACUAUUAAUGAGGAUGCUAAUUUAGCUUUAAGCUCUGUUUCCUCGAGUUCUAAACAAAAAGGUGCAUCUCCUAACACAUCGCAGCCACAAUUGAACGGAGAAGCAAGGCCUGCAGAAGACGAAGCAGCUGCAGACCAUUCCCUUGGCUCUACUGGGGGCAUAAAAACAGAAAAAGGUAGACCACAACCUCAGUCUCUGCAAACACAGGAAAUUGCAGAUAGGCCACAGGAUAGAGAAGGAACAAAAGUAGAUGAAACUCCUGGUCAGUCUCUCCAAGGUAACGGUGCUCAAGAGAAGGCUGAUUCUGAUACUCCUCACAAGUCCACCGAUCCAGUUCCUCAAACAGAACCUCAGAAUGAGAGAAGGGAGUCUUUGUCUUCAUCAGAAGGAGGAGAUA